AUUUAAUCAGGUUUUGUAAAUCCGGCUGUAGUUCCGCCUCCAGCCACCAGGAGGAACUGACAUCACCAGAAGUAAGCUCCUUUUCCGGUGCAGAGAAACAACAUGGCGGCCCUGUGUAGGYUCCGGUAUGGCGUUCGGUCUGCGGCUCGACUCUCCGCUAGCUGGUCCAUCCGGACCUCCUUCAGUUCGGACUCCGCGGACAGACCCAGGUCUGGGUUCGCCGCCGCYUUCAAAAAGCAGAUGGAGCUCCGGCGGGAGGCGGAGAGCUCCUCCGCCGACCUGAGCGACGCUUCGUCCGGUCAGAGUGAGACCUUCGGCUCGCUGCUCCGCCGCUCCGGGCUCGUCCAGAUGGGUUCGGUCAAAGACAAGGUGGUGGUCGGCAGGGUCUUCCAUGUGGUCAAUGACGACCUGUACAUCGACUUCGGAGGGAAGUUCCACUGCGUCUGCCGGCGGCCCUCGUCCGACAAAGAGAAGUUCCAUCGGGGAUCCAGAGUCCUGCUGUUGCUGAAGGACAUGGAGCUCACCUCCAGAUUCCUGGGAGCCGUAACCGACACCACCCUGCUGGAGGCCGAGGCGGUGCUGUUAGGCCUGAUGGAUAACCGGGAGGAUAUCAGCUCUAUGAUGACGCGGGGCACCAAAACCGGGACUGAGGCUGUGCAGGAGCCUCAGAACCACCUGGUGGAUCAUGAAAUCAGACCAGAGAGACCAGAAUAGCAGAAACAGGAGGUUCUGGACUAAAGAUCUGUCAGAAGACUUUGUUUGUUUGUUUACAUGUUAAAGGAAAAAUCUGGUUGUAAACUAUUUGAAUUAAAUCAAAUGAAGAAAAUG